UGUGGGCAAAGAGUACACCUAUUGAAAUACAGCCAGUGAUUUAUUGUGAGCCAUUGGUUGGUUUUGCUGGGAACGAUCUUGGUCCUUUUGAAGCCUGAGCGUGUUUGAUGGUGUGGAGAACAGUACGAAUCCCACCUCCAAUGAUGAUGCUUCCCUGUUUGAGAUUUUAGAAGGCAUGGCAUGCUCUUACAGAGACAGUGGGAAAUGGUGGCAACUUCUGAGGGGGAAGUUUGAAUGUGGUUCCCACUGCAGACUGAAGGUUGCCUUUUCUGUCUUAGCUAGUCCCUGACUCCAGCAGUGGCUGAGAUGGCACAGAGCCUGGCAUUGCCACGCAGGUCCUAGGUGAUCUCUGCCCUACAACUCCUAGAGGCACCAGCGCUUUGCAGCUCUAGCGAGCUCCUGGCGCCCUCCCCAGACCAGGAGGCAUAGAGCGUCCAUUUCUAGACCACAGCCAGGGGCAGGGCCCUGAGAGACAGUAUCCUGUCUCUUCCUCAGGGAAGUCGGUUCAAAGGGCACACCAGGAUAGGGUCGCCUGCAUCCUUACAGAACAUCCGCAGGUCGCAGGUGAUCACUUGGUGGAGGAGCUCACCGCACCUCUCAGCUACAGUUUGGAGAGGUGCAGGGGGGACGCCAGGCCCUAAGGCUCCUUGGAGCCUCCCUUUAGGGUCCUUCGGGAGCCUACGCCUGACCGAGGGGGAUCAUACAAGUGCCCGGCUUUGGGGAUGGCUGUGGAAAGUUGGGGGCCUGAGCUGAGAGGCGGGGGAGCACACAACCCGGCGCCAAUGUCCGCGUCUCAUGAAUAUGCACGAACCACCUCCCUCCCUUCGUGACGUCACGGGCCGUCCCGGGGUGAGCGCCGGAGCCGCUCCGGUCCGCGCCAGUGAGUGCUGCUGUUGCCGGCGAGCGAGCGGCGCGGCGGAGGGCAGCGGAGGCGGAGGGUGAGGGCGGCGGCGCCUGUAGCUCACCCAGAAGCUGCAGCGAGGCGACCCGUGGCGGGCACAGGGUGACACCGGCAGCGAGCGUUAGGCGGCGGCGGCGGUAGCUCGAUAGCGGCUCAGGCGGUGAGGAUGCUGCUGAGGAGGCUGUGCUUGGUGCCGCUCCUGCUGGCGCUGGGCGUGGGGAGCAGCGGCGGCAGUGGCGACGGCGGGGACAGCCGGCGGCGCCGCCUCCUCGCGGCGAAAGUCAAUAAACACAAACCAUGGAUUGAGACAUCGUAUCACGGAGUCAUUACAGAGAACAAUGACACAGUCAUUCUGGAUCCUCCACUGGUAGCCCUGGAUAAAGAUGCCCCAGUGCCUUUUGCAGGGGAAAUCUGUGCAUUCAAGAUCCACGGGCAGGAGCUGCCCUUUGAGGCUGUGGUGCUCAAUAAGACAUCUGGAGAAGGCCGGCUCCGUGCCAAGAGUCCCAUCGACUGCGAGCUACAGAAGGAGUACACAUUCAUCAUCCAGGCCUAUGACUGUGGGGUGGGGCCCCGGGAGGCAGCCUGGAAGAAGUCACACAAGGCUGUGGUCCACAUCCAGGUGAAGGAUGUCAAUGAGUUUGCUCCCACUUUCAAAGAGCCAGCUUAUAAGGCCAUCGUCACAGAGGGCAAGAUCUAUGACAGCAUCCUGCAGGUGGAAGCCAUUGAUGAGGACUGCUCCCCCCAGUACAGCCAGAUUUGCAACUAUGAAAUUGUCACAACAGAUGUGCCUUUUGCCAUUGACAGAAAUGGCAACAUCAGGAACACCGAGAAGCUAAGCUUUGACAAACAACGUCAGUAUGAGAUCCUGGUAACCGCUUAUGACUGUGGACAGAAACCUGCUGCUCAGGACACCCUGGUACAAGUGGACGUGAAGCCAGUGUGCAAGCCUGGCUGGCAAGACUGGACCAAAAGGAUUGAGUACCAGCCUGGCUCGGGGAGUAUGCCCUUGUUCCCCAGCAUCCACCUGGAGACGUGCGAUGGCGCUGUGUCUUCCCUCCAGGUCACCGCCGAGCUGCAGACUAAUUACAUCGGCAAGGGCUGUGACCGUGAGACCUACUCCGAGAAAUCCCUUCAGAAAUUAUGUGGAGCAUCCUCAGGCAUCAUCGACCUUUUGCCAUCCCCUAGCGCGGCUACCAACUGGACUGCGGGACUGCUGGUGGACAGCAGUGAGAUGAUCUUCAAGUUUGAUGGCAGGCAGGGUGCCAAGAUCCCCGAUGGGAUUGUGCCCAAGAACCUGACAGACCAGUUCACCAUCACUAUGUGGAUGAAACAUGGCCCCAGCCCUGGCGUGAGAGCCGAGAAGGAAACCAUCCUCUGUAACUCGGAUAAAACUGAGAUGAACCGGCAUCACUACGCCCUGUAUGUGCACAACUGCCGCCUCGUCUUCCUCCUGCGGAAAGACUUCGACCAGGCAGAUACCUUUCGCCCUGCGGAGUUUCACUGGAAGCUGGACCAGAUUUGUGACAAAGAGUGGCAUUACUAUGUCAUCAAUGUGGAGUUUCCUGUGGUCACCCUAUACAUGGAUGGAGCAACAUAUGAGCCAUACCUGGUGACCAAUGACUGGCCCAUUCAUCCAUCUCAUAUAGCCAUGCAACUUACUGUCGGCGCCUGUUGGCAAGGAGGAGAAGUGGCCAAACCACGGUUUGCACAGUUUUUCCAUGGCAGCCUCGCCAGCCUCACGAUCCGUCCUGGGAAAAUGGAAAGUCAGAAGGUGAUUUCUUGUCUGCAAGCCUGCAAAGAAGGGCUGGAUAUUAAUUCCUUGGAAAGCCUCGGGCAAGGAAUAAAGUAUCACUUCAACCCUUCACAGUCCGUCCUCGUGAUGGAAGGUGAUGACAUUGGGAACAUCAACCGAGCCCUGCGGAAGGUGUCCUACAUCAACUCCAGGCAGUUCCCAACAGCAGGGGUCCGGCGCCUCAGACUCUCUUCCAAAGUCCAGUGCUUUGGGGAAGAUGUGUGCAUCAGCAUCCCAGAUGUGGAUGCCUACAUCAUGGUCCUGCAGGCCAUCGAGCCCCAGAUCACCCUCCAGGGAACAGAGCGCUUCUGGAGACCCGCUGCCCAGUUUGAAAGUGCCAGAGGGGUGACUCUCUUCCCUGACAUCAAGAUCGUGAGCAGCUUUGCCAAAACGGAAGCCUCCGGGGACACGAGAGCCACAGGCACAGCCCCCAAAUCGUCAGUCUUGGAAGAAAUGCUACACAACUUGGAUUUCUGUGAUAUUUUGGUGCUUGGAGGGGACCUGGAUCCGAGACAAGAGUGCUUGGAGCUCAACCACAGUGAGCUUCACCAACGACACCUAGAUGCCACUAACUCUACAGCAGGCUACUCCAUCUAUGGUGUAGGGUCCAUGAGCCGCUACGAGCAGGUGCUGCACCAUCUCCGUUACCGCAACUGGCAUCCCACUUCCCUUGAGACCCGGAGGUUCCGGAUCAAGUGUUCAGAACUCAACGGGCGUUACACUAGCAAUGAGUUCAACCUGGAGGUCAGCGUCCUCCAUGAAGUCAGAGUCUCUGAGAAGGAGCACGUCAACCACCUCAUUGUGCAGCCACCCUUCCUCCAGUCUGUCCAUCACCCUGAGUCCCGGACUAGUAUCCAACGCAGCUCAGUGGUCCCGAGCAUUGCCACAGUGGUCAUCAUUAUCUCUGUGUGCAUGCUGGUGUUCGUUGUGGCCAUGGGUGUGUACCGAGUCCGAAUUGCCCACCAGCAUUUUCUCCAAGAGACUGAGGCUGCCAAAGAGGCUGAGAUGGACUGGGAUGACUCGGCCCUGACGAUCACAGUCAAUCCUAUGGAGAAACAUGAAGGACCAGGGCAUGGGGAAGAUGAGACUGAAGGAGAGGAAGAAGAGGAAGCAGAGGAAGGCGUGAGCUCCAGCAGCAGCGGCUCUGACGACAGCGAAGAGGAAGAGGAGGAAGGCACGGGCAGAGGCAGACAUGGGCAGAGUGUCACGAGGCAAGCCCAGCUAGAGUGGGAUGAUUCCACUCUCCCCUACUAGCACCCACAGCUCUGCUGACCAACUUGUGUGCCCCUUUUGUAAAGCCCAACCCAAUGUAUGCCCAAGCCUGUCACUUGCCUCUGAUUUCUACGACAGGUCUGGGAAGGCCAUCGCUUCCUAGAAUCUGCCCUCUGUGGUUCGGGUACUGCGAGUGUCCCAGCCGUGGGGCAGUUCCAAGAGCCCAGUGUCACCAUCAGUGAGGACUUCAGGAUGGUUCCAUUGUCCUGUAGCCCUCACUGCCAGGAGCUCACCCAGAAUCCUGUCACUCACCCAGUCUACAGAGUUCUGAACACGUUCUCUUCUGCAGGGGAGAAAUCCACCUUUGUCACUUACCACCCCGAAGUUAGUGUUCUCAGACUCCUUGGGUUGCAACUCACUGUGUAUGUACUUAACUAAACAGCCUUUCUCCACCUACACCAGCAGGUCCUCCCUAGGUUUGGUCUCCAGGUUGCUUUUUACAGGGAGAGCAGUGGAAUCUCAUAAACCUAAGGUCUUAGAGCUGAAGAAUUGAAAAGACGGUCUUUGUUGAGGCAGAAUUAAGUUUCCAAGGAAGGAUUCAUAGUAUACAUGUACAUGUACAAACACCACACACACACACACACACACACAGAGAGAGAGAGAGAGAGAGAGAGAGAGAGAGAGAGAUCCCAGCUUUGAGAGCCUUUUCUUCUUACUUCUUUCUAAGACUACAUAAACUAAUAUAAAAAGUUCAAAACCAAAAGUUAGUUGGUCUUUGACCAUAAGUAGCAUGUAUCCUCAUCAAAGGGCUCACUGACCAGCGUUCUGACCUGCUUAGGGAAUGCCUGAGCAAGUGGGGUGUCCCUGUUCGGGGCUAUCACCACAUAGAACCUCGGGGCUCAGGAAGCAUGUCACACAGGCACUGCUCGGGUGACAGCUUGACCUUGGCUGUUACCAGGAGCCCGAGAAAGGACUAAUGGGGUGUCCCAGUGAGGUUCAUAGUGGAUAGAAAUCUGCUUUGACAAGGGGUUGGUAUGGUUGGACUCCCCUAGAUAAGGGCAGCCUCCAGGUUGACAAGGCUGCCACCACCUAGCCUGUGGUCCUUUAUCUCCUAGGUUACUGUUUUCUCUCGAGGAAAUAACAUCAUUUUCAGAUGUAGUGGAACAAAUGUGGGCUCUUGCAGUCUGCGAUGAAAGUUGGGAAAUUUAACUGCUAGGAAUUCAAAGCGUAUCUGUAAUAAUGGCAGCUGCCUCUUUCUUCUUCUCAUAAAAGGAGGGACGCUUUGAAUAGGGGGCAAAUAUAUCAAAACCCUAAUUUCUUGUUUCUUUUUCUUAUUUUAAUAAGGAAGACUUUCCCAUCUCCAUUCUAACAUGGGCACUUCGUGAGGAGAAUUGUUGCUAUAGUAACUGGUGGACAAUCCUUUGUGGCCUAGAGAAUAGCAGGCAAGAAUGAAGGCUGUGGCAAGGUCCCCACAAGGCUUUGAAGACAUGUUUGCUCCAAACACCUUGAGCUCCUCUUUGUUCUCAAUCUGUUUAGGCCCUCCUCCUCAUCCCACUCUUCCCCAGGUCCCUCCCGUAAUGGCUCGGCCCCCAUCCACUGUCGGUCUCUUGUCACAUAACUUUGACAUGCCGUCCAACGGAGCAUUCAGAGAGUGGCUGUGACUGAUGUCGUCCAGUCCUCUGCUCAGCCCUCUGGGCAGUGAGGAUCCAUGCCAGGUCUUCGCCAGCUUCCAGCUGGAGAGAUCUACCUCAUGCUGUAGUCCCAUCUCCUGAGCAUUUCAUGUGCACCUUCCCUUUCUUGAGCCUCCAAGUAACCUUGGGAAAUAUUUGAGAAAUCUGUUAGUGGGUAUGUUUCUGAGCUGAGUAAACUGAGGCUCAGAGUCAGUGUCCUGCUCAGAGUCCGUUCAGAGGUAUAGACUGCCCUUUGCUCCCAGUCCAUGGUCCUACUUAUGUCCGUAUUAACAUACGUUCCUGGGUACCCACUAUAUGCUAAGCACUCUCCAGUGGGGAGGGUAUGAAGCUGAAGGAGACAGGCCUUUCCCUAUAGAGGACUUAAGAGUUACAGAAGGCACACAAACAAACCUGGGAAUUACACAGGAGAAAGGAAAAGGAAGUGACAGAAAACACAGGAUGAACAGGGACACAUUUACCAACUCAAUCGGUGCCCUAAUUUUUCUUUCUUGGAAGGAACUUGAGAUUUUAUAUUCAUUGUUGGGAAAUAGGCACAUCUCUCGUGAAUUACCCCCAAUCAAAUGCCUCCUUUUCUGUCAAGUUCUUUCUGUACAUUUACAAGGGGAAAAAUCUACAGGACCAGUUAGGGCUUCACAAUCCCAUUAUUUAAAUAAAAAGACAUUCUUCAGUCGGGCAUUUUAGGAGCUACUGAAUUCUCCCAAAAUUAUGGCAGUAAAGGGAACACUUUGUAUGUUUAAAACCAAUCCUUUUUGAAUGAGAUUUUGAUUGCAAAUAUUUAAGUCUAGGGUUUAUGAGAGUGCUUUGCUCUGCUCUGACUUUUCAGUUCCGACUGGGUGGAAAGCUGUUCUCAUGCCCCCGGGCUACCUCUUGUGGCUGCAUUACUCAUUCAUGGUUAGGUGAACUGUUGGGAGUAUUAGAAGGCCUUUAUGUUUUGUCUGAGGUGGGGGAGGGGGGAAGCAGAUGGAAGUUAGGAAGCAUUAGGAUAAACCAGCAAAGAUGUGUCAUUGCAGGAGGCAUUUGUUGGCUGGACUUAUUUGCAGGGAAACGGUGAUAACAAGAAACGAAAGCCUUUCCCUCCUCUGGCGGUGCACAAGGUCAUUCUACAUGCCAACUCCAAAGCUGAGGCAUCUAAAUGAUGUUACUGGGACCAGAGGCAUUUAUCUUGUUCCCAACACUCACUUGUUACCUUGGGUGAGAUCGAGGAGGGGUUGUGGUCAUAAAAUAACCAGCUUCAGCAGGCAUCCAGGUAAGUGGUAGAUAAUCGCAUAUGCCUCCCACCAGCUCUUCUGGCCAAGAGUGUAAGAUGCUAAUCGCACUGGCAUUUCUCAGGCUCUGUAGGGUGGUUUUUUGAAACCCAAACUCCCAGGUGAUUUGGACAUCCUGUGACUUCUCAGGGACAGGUGAGCAGUCAAGGAGAGGCAGACUCAGUCCCAGGAGAAGCAACUGAUUGGUUUGGCCACAGACCAGUCCAUUGCUUAGCUGGCCAAAUGGACAACCUGAGUCUGUUAUUCAGAGCUUGGAAAUAGGUUGAGCCUGAAAACGGGUAGAUUGCCAUGCUCAGGCAACUUGAAAGACAGAGAGGAUGAGAAAAAGGAGGAUGAGGUCAGAAGCGACCAGCACAGAGUGGGUUUCCCCACUGGAGAAAAGCCAUUAAGCCCAUUGGAGAAGCCUCUCCAGGAAAGCUGGCUGUAUUCGAACAGAUUUAAACAAAUACUAUAAGUCUGGCCAAGGCUCCAAGUCACACAUAUGCAAAAUCUGUGAUUUCUGUGAGAACUUUCUUCAAUUAGCCAUCCGUCUGCCAUGCUCAGUUUAGACCACAGACUCUCAGGUUAUCAAGGGAGUGUGUCUUCCAGGAACCCCAAGUCUCUAUGUAGGUGACCACUGCUAGUGCCCCCUUCCUGUGCAUCAGAGAUCAACAACUUAUGUCUGGAAAGAUCCAGAAAGGAGUGACUUAGGGCAGUAAGCUCUUGUUCUCUCUGCUGCUCCUGUUGAGUCCCACCUUAUGGCACGGAAGCAGCCACAGAAAAUACCCAAACAAAGGGACUUUUCAAUUCAUUUCUCCAUCUGCUUCCCAGGAAAAUUGAUUUAUGAUACUGAAAAAAAGAGGAAAUCUGAACUCACUGAAUUCAAUUCAUGUCAUAAACCUUUUACUCUCUUUAUUUCUCAUUUCCCACACAAAACUUAACCUGCAAGACAUUGAGAAAACUAGCCACCAGGCAAAUCCAUGUGAGUCAGACUCUUACCCACAAUACACAGGAAGCAGCCCUCCAUUUCCCAGGAGAAAAACUAUACCAGCGUGCCUCUAUCGGCUCCCUCGUGGUCAGUGCCUUGAAUUGAACAUCUGGAAAACACUAGGCUCUUCCUGAAAACUCUCUUAGAAGUUCACAGAAUAUUGGAGAAAAUGAAAAAAUAAAUAAAUAAAUAAGCGAACCAACAGAAAUCCCACUUGUUAUUUUUGAACUGAUCAAAUCAGACAAAUAUCCCCAAGGGUCGGAUGCCUUGGACCCAGGGGACUGGCUAAUCACUGAGCACGGACUGCCUCCUCGGCUGAGGCAGGAGCUAACUCCCCAGGCUCAGCACCUUCCCAGCAGGGCUCAGUCCAUAAUGAUUUCCAAGCAGAAGUGUUCAUUAUCUGGGACUGAUUCUCAUUUCAGCCCUGCUCAUGUCUUCACUCUAAAAAUGAUCCUAAAGACUUGUGGCUGUUGGAAUCAAUAGCAACACAAUCAGCAGAAAGCCCUACCUGGCACACUUCAAAAUUCGCAGUCUUCUUGCCUCCGUGACUCAAUAUUAGCAGCAAAGAAAGGAGUGCUUUUUCUUAAUCAUCUCCCCCAUUUAAAUUAACCAAAUUGGCUUUGCAAAAUAAAUAAAUAAAUAUAAAUAUAAAUGGGAGGGAAUAAAUCUAAUUCUUUAGAAGAAUUUGCCAGUGAAUCGUAGAUGAUGUUCAGAUCACAUGUAGCCUCUGGGGGUUCCCAGACGCCUCCCGCAAAGUGCUCAGGCAGCUGCGAUGGCGCAGGCGUCUCGAUCUGGACCAGACAUUUAUCGAGGCCGACAAGCCAAAGCCCUUGGCACGGUUUAAUUUUCAUGUAACCGCUUUCCGUUGUCCAGCUGCAGGGAGAGGAAAUGAGCGAUGCCAGCUUAGAAGUCACCUCCAGCACCCUCGUUUGACUGUCUUUGUUUGGCUUCAUGCAUUUGCUCUGCGUUAGCUCCCUUCUGACACUGGUGGAAAGGGAGAGUUGGUUUUAGUGGAGCUAUGGUGUAGGAGCCAAGCUUGACUUUGUCCCAUGGUAACAAAGGACACAUAAAUGACCUCCACAAGCAUCUCAGAGAACAGUCAGAUGGCGGCUGUGUCAGUCCGUUAGCCGAUGGGAGUCUCUGUUUGCAGCUAUGUUCAACCGCUUCAGCAAGUCCUCCCUGAGCACCCAUGAAGGCUAGACUCUAAGUCGAGGCAUGGGGAAGAGAGAUUGGAUGAAAAAGAGACUUGCUCCUGAGGAUCCCCGGUCUUGUAUGCCAGAGGCAUCCACAAGCAGUUAGGACGGUCAGGGGCAGAAGUUUAGGUGUAGAAUAUAAUUGCUUUGCAGUCACCUGCUGGAAGUUAGAUGGCAGGAAAGAGCCUAGGGGUGCUGAAGGGCCUCCAUGAAAAGACAGAGAAGAUCUUUAGGGAAGUGAGCAGUGUGCUCCGCAAUGCUCCUUCGUUAUCAUGGUUCAGGUCACUUACAGAGGAAAGCCUUUCCCUCCAUGCAGAAAUAAUAUGACUGACGGCUGGGAUUUGGUAAAACUAAGCCAGAGGGCGUCCGUAAGUAAGAGCCGCAGCCAGGCAGAGUGGACAGGUUAUGAACGGGCGGGUGUAAGAGGGUGGGAGGCUGACAGCCAAAGCCAGCCUGACGUGAGGGUCCUCACACGAAGGCCGGAGCUCUGGAGGCCCCGUGGAGGUUUGCUCAGCAUGUUGCACAGGUCCAGUCCACUGGCUGUGUGAUUUGCACGGUGAGAACAGCAGCAGCGCCGGGGGAACUGGGGAGGCAAACUCCCCAGGUGAGGCUCAGCAAGCUGUGCUCUCCAGUGUGCUGCUCAGGUAGACCAGGCUUUGAGAACCACGGCUGUGGAGGAAGAGACCAGCGUCUGCUAGCAUUGGGAGGGACUGCUAACCAUCCGGAGAAAAUAACCAGCUCCUACUGCCGUCCCAGAGGAAAACAGAGCAGGGCCCCAGUUCUCACCCCUGGAGCAAUAAUUUCAAAGAACCAAGUCCCAAUUCCAAUUUCUCUCCUCUGCUUGGGUGUGAGGGGAUCCCUGCCCACGUGCCCCUUCUACAGUAAUGAGGGACACGGCCUAGGAGGGCUGUACUGAAGUCACCCAGCCCCAGGGAGGCCACCAGCCGGGUUCCUGGACAUUGAGUAGCCACCUACAAAGUCUUGUUUUGUCUGGAAGCAGAGAGACUGCAGGGAGGAGCCCAAGGCCACUAGGAGGCCGCUUUGCUCACAGCCAGCGGGCAUCCCUGAGAACAGGGUCCUUCAAGGACGCUACCAGAUUGUUACAGCACUAUUCAUUUGUACUGAGACUGGGGGAAUGCAGUCACAAUGCAAACACUAAAUUGGAUGGGGAAAUGGAUUGCUUCUCUUGGCAGGACAGUAAGCCAUGUUACUAAAAGUAGGAAAAAAACUAACAGUCAAACCUACAGUUUUAUCUACAGUGGGAAUCUCAUUCCUGUGGUCUAGGUGAGCACCAGACCCCAACCAAUACCCUUUGCUUGAAUGACCAGAUACCUGGGCCUGAUUUACAGCAUAAGAUCUAUGGUACAAGCACCAUAAACCCUCAGCAGGAACUCCUUACCGUUUUACCAGUUACCGUGCCUGUGACCUAAGUCUACAUCGGAAUCUCAGGGUCAAGGUCAGAGGUGAGGGCACAUAAGCCAAGAGACCCCGUCCUGCUCAGAAACGUACCUCUUGACAGAUGUUUCCCUGAGCCCCCUGAGGACUCCAAAGGGAGCCUGAGACUAUACAUCUUUAAAAAGCUAGAAUCUACCUUUUUCAUUAAGUAGAAGAAAUGGGAGUGGAGGGAAAAAAAUGUAGGACAUGCCUGUUAUUUACCUGUGGGAAGCAUGAGGAAACCAAGAAGAGGAAAUUUUCUUUUACAGCCUGGCCUCUCAGAGUGAAAUCCCUGCUGACAACACUUCUGUCCCGACACUUAAGGCCAUUUUGUGUUUCCCUUACACACCAGCCAUUUGUGACAAAGGCCUCCGAAGGGACAGAACAGAAAGAGAUGGAGAGUAGUCCCUCAUUGGCAGGUUUGUUCAUCCAGGGCAAGGAGACAGUUCACCCUUGGAGCAGAAGAUCAGAUCCAGCCAGGGUAUUGGGGGAGGGGUGAGUAGUAGAAUAUCACCCAUGGAGAGACCACCCAGGAAUGAGACACGUGAUACAGUCAACAAGCAGAAUAUAUGAACUGGUAGUUCUGAGCUAGUGACAUGGUAAACCUGAGGUAGCACCACCCCCAAGAGUCACAGUCUACAUUCCCAGAGUACCCUAGAAAGCAAGGAGUGUAUGUAAGUGUAGAACUUCCCAACUUUUCCUACCUCCACUUGCCCUUCCCCUAAGGCAAGAAAAAUAACUGAUGUGUCCCAGGACCCUGGUCCUACACUGAGGAUGUAACCAACCAAUCAUGUACUGCAUUGUGGGCUCAACAACUAUUGAAUCAAAUAGAGUCCCAGAGAUCACCUGGCCUCAGAGUAGGAGUAUGGUUUGAAGUUAAGAUCCCUGCUGGAGAAAGACUCCUCCAGCCCAGUUUUAGUGUUAUCAGUUGUCAUUUGCAAAAUCAAGAGUGGGAAAAGAAGGGAAGGAAGAAGGACAAGUGAUAGCCGACAGGAAGGGACUUCAUCGGACCUGUUGACCUGUUGAAGUAUCUCCCCAAAGCCAGGAGCAAGCAUAGCUAGGCCUUGAUGAGCCCCAUUUGUUCUACCCCAUGGGUCAUGGGACUGAGGAAAUGGAGCCUUAAUUUGUUAAUAAGCCCAGCUCUUUGCCUCUUUCCCACCCUUUUGAUCAAGUAUGCCGUGGCAGAAUUCAUCACUGUGAAGUUCAAGUCCCGAUAGUCUAACGAGAAGAGGGCAGCAGACAGGGGAGGCGCUAGCAUGCAGGUGGUAUAUAUUAAUCCCAGGAACAAAAUCGUGUUGGCUUUAAUGUCUGUUUGCUUUUAUCUGGGAAUGAAAAUGUACCUCCAUUACCUGGACCCUUUAUACUGAGCAUUUUAGGAACAGACAUGGCACGCAAACACAUAACUAUUGAGGGUUCUUUUCCCUAGCAGAAUGAACUGUCAGAAAACGAAGAGGUUAUAUCUAUUUGUAAAGGCAGAGAAUCAGCCCGCGGGUUUUAGGUCAAGACUCCAGUACUCCUGUGGGAAAGGGAUGGGGGUGGACAAGAAGGUAGCCUCUGCCCUCUGGAAGGAUUCCUGGGUGGGGGUUAAGGGAAUUCAAUGGUAUCCAUGAGUCACAUAGCCUAGUAAAAUGCAUGCAUUCACCUUUGGAGGCAAAAGUGCAUCCAUUCUGGCCGUCAGGGAAUGCUGGGGUGGGGCGCUCACCACUAUGCAAUCUCCAUGAUACAAAGGAACCCAGAGGGAAUAUUGAUGGCACUCUCACAGACAUGCUCCUGAGGGUGGAAACAGAGCAUAAGUUUUGGGGAAAGGAAGUUGGUCAUGGCACCCAAGUGAAUUGCUUGUAAAGGAAGGGAAGAGAUGUUGAACGAGAAGGCAAUGGAGUUGGAGAAGGAACAAGUUGAUUAGAAGCGACAGCAGGGGGAGCAACCAAGAAGCAAGGGUACUGCUCUGUGCUUACACUUAUAUUCAUGUGUCAAAGGAAUCAUGGGUAAGUGUAACCAUGUGACCACAGAGGCAGUCACUGCAGUGGUUUUACAAGUCAGAGCCCCUUGAAGAGGAUGACAGAUCAGUCUACCUACCAGGUUUCCAUAUGAUCUGCUUCCGAGAAAGAGCUGUUGGUGCUCUGAGCUGGAUGGGCAUGGCUGGGGAUUGGAGCAAACUAGGUGGAGAAUAGAAAGAUGAAAGCUUAUAUAGAUGCUGGCUGUACCCAAGGAAACCUAUAGUUACUAGAGCGGAGCUUGUUAUGUUAUUGCGUGGGCAUUGUAAUGUAUGUAAGGAGGAGUCACAAUGAUAUGACGGGUCAUUAGUUUAGGGAAUUAGAAUAUUAAGUAUAAGAUACCAGACAUAACUAGAUAAAGAGAUACUGAUAAUAUAUAUGUAUGUACAUAUAUGCAUAUCUGUAAUAUGGAAAUGAGAUUUAAAAAGAGAGGUCAUUAGUCCCAACAAAUUAUAAUCCUCCAGAAGCCUUAGGUUAUUCUUAUUGUUAUUUGCUUUUAGCUCUCAAAACCCUGGAAAAAGCACCUGGAACCCAGCAGGAGUCGUAAACAUUUGGAAGUGAAGCACGUAGCUUGUCCCUACUUGGUGAAGACAGAUCACAAAACCCUAUAUUGACUGAGCCAUACAGAAGCAGGCUGACCACACACUUCUCCUAGCUUACAGAAGUCUUUGUGAAUUCCCAUUAGUCCACGCAGUACUCAGACAACUGCAGACUCUGGAUCUCGAUCUCUGGCAGUGAACAGUGACAGUGUUGCACAUAGUGGCUUACACACAUUUAGAACUAUCUGAAUAACACACACAAGGCUGUUUCUGCAGGACAGAGUCUGCCCACCCUACCAUUGUCUCUGCCUUUCCCUAAGUACUUGAUAGGUACUGUUGAAUCUGCCAUCUUCAGUCAUGAUGCUGGGACGAAAUAUAAAGAUUCUGGGUGCAGCCAAUCCCAGGCCCUUCCCUCCUCCCAUCUCUGGAGAUGAUACCACCAUUUUAAAACCUUGUGUGAGAAGCCUGUUUGUUUGAGCCUGUUGAGCCUGUUCCUCAACCUCAGUGAUGGACAAGGCCUGAGAUAGACAGGCUGCUUGCUCGACUGGAGCUUCUCUGGGGUCCACCCUGCAGAGAGAAAAAGCAGCCUCAUUUAUGGACCUCCCCCCACCCGCCUUCCACCUGCUCCUGACUGGGCAGUGGCCAUUAGGUUUGUGCAACUGGAGUGUCUUUAGCCAGAGCCAUCUUCACCUGGGGAUUGUCCAGCGUGUUCUCGGCACACGUGUUGUGAGCCACUUGAGCUGCCUCCAAGAAUGAAUCUUCCUAGUCUACAAAUGUAUUUAUUUGGUAACUAUGCUACUGUGUGUGUAUGAGUCUGAUACAAUGCAAAAGCUUUGAAAUGUCUUAUUAAAAGGACUUAUGAAUUUAUAGAAAAUGGAAUCUAACUUCAGAACAGUGCGUUAUGUUGUUGGUCAAUAAGGUUGCCCAGCCACAGGGGACCAGAGGAAAACCUUACCCUCCCACUCCUUUCCUUGGUCCCUUCUCCCUGCCUAAUUGCCCUACUAGCUCCUAACUGAUGCAGAGUGAAGGAUGCCGAGAGUGUACAUGUACAUAAAGAUUUAAUAGAAAAAUAACCUCUGGGAGAAUCGGUUGAGUUUCUUCCUAUGGCUGUGAUCUCAUCAUGCCCGAAUCCCAAACUCUAAAUUUCUAACAGUUUCAAUUCUUGCAGUUUCUGAGUAAUUUGUUAAAUGCCUAUUCAACACAGACAGAUAUUUAUUUUCAGCCUUGGCUUGUAAAUGCCUACAAACUGAUUCAUGUUGGUGGUCGUUAUGACACUUCUGUGAAUUGGUGAAUAAAUAUGAUUUUAGAAUUUCACAGUAAA